AAGGAAAAGCCUAAUUUCGGUCAAACUGGGCGAUUGGCUGCAGAGAGCAAGACUGUGAAUGUCAAUGGUAACUCUGUCGUUCUCAAGUAUCACGAGCCUCCGGAAGCGCGCAAACCCCCAGCAAAGGAACCGUGGCGACUUUACGUGUUCAAAGGGCAAGACCUCCUUGAAAUGGUGGAAUUGGGCAUACGCAGUUGUUGGUUGGUUGGGAAAGAACAAUUGGUAGUGGAUUUUCCUCUAGAGCAUCCGAGUUGCUCUAAACAGCAUGCCGCGCUGCAGUUUCGCUUUGUCGAAAAGCGGAAUGAAUUCGGAGAUCGGAUCGGACGUGUCAAGCCUUAUCUGAUCGAUUUGGAAAGCGCCAAUGGUACUACAGUGAACGGAGACGCGAUUCCCGCUGGCCGGUACGUGGAACUGCGGGACAAGGAUGUAAUCAAGUUUGGCCUAAGUACCCGGGAAUACGUCCUCAUGCUACCUCCGCCUGAAUAA